CACGUUCUCCUGCGUUUUACCCUGUGCCUCAGGAAUCCCUGUGGACGGACUGGAUUGAGGGGUAGAGGACUCCUGGGAAGAUGGGGCCCUAAUCAUGCAGCAGACCCUAUUGUGACAAGGUGGAAGAGGGAGGCUGGAAAACCAAUAAUUCACAGUGACUGUGGAAAGCCUGUCCUGCAGUUUGUAGCAAUAUGUAGAAGAGACAAUAAGGAAUGGGCCAUUCCUGGGGGAAUGAUUGAUCCCGGUGAGAGAGUGUCAGUCACUCUCAAAAGAGAAUUUGGAGAAGAAGCAUUGAACUCCCUAGAGUUACCAGAAGCCGAGAGAAAACAAACUAAAGCAUUAAUCGACUCCCUCUUUCAAACCGGAGAAUUGGUCUACAAAGGAUAUGUGGAUGAUCCCCGGAACACUGAUAAUGCUUGGAUUGAGACAGUGGCUAUGAAUUUCCAUGAUGAGACAGGCAACAGUGUGGGAAAGCUGAACCUUCAGGCAGGUGACGACGCAGGGGCUGUCAAGUGGAUGGACAUCGACAAACGACAGAGACUGUACGCCAACCACACCGAGAUGCUCCACCAGGUUGCAAAGAUGAGGGAUGCUCAUUGGUAACAGACCAGCUCGGAGCCUUUCCUAUCCCAAGGUGGUGGCGUUGUCCUGUGUCACACAGUACCGUCUUGGACAAUAUGAGCUGGAAAUUAAAGGAAGGUUCAAAAUGGAGCUGAGCGACUUGAGUAUGUGCCAGAAAUGGAAUGUGAAUUUGAAUUUACAAUGUGAAGAUGUCUCUGUACCAACAUGGACUGAGGAAAGAGUCUCUCCAUGCUAGCAUUGUGCUGCACCCCAAUCAUGUUGCCGCAGACUGUCAAAAAAUAGUGAUUUUAAACACUGCUCCCCCAACCCAACCAACUCGUGUGUGUUGCACUCUACAGUAUACUGGCCGAGGAGGCAGCCAUAGACCUUGCUGUUGCCUAGACACAUGUUUAAGAGCUUCCGUGGGUGAGCUGAUUUUUUUUUUUUCCCCCCCACUUUACAACAUUUAAACAGUUUGGGUUUACCAAAACUGGGAGGAAAUUCUACAUCGCAGUUAUUUUAUGGUGCCUGGCAUCUGCUUGGCAAUGUGUCGCCAACACUGCUUUUGACAUACUCCUGAAGAAUUCAUCACUUCCCAAUUCCACCCCCCCCCCUUCAGUGGAACAGUCUCUUUUCCCCAUCUGUGAUAAUUUAAGUAAUAAAUAAACAAAAGUGUUGUAAGAAAAUGAAUUUCUCUAAUGCCUACAUGAUUUCCACACCCCUCCAAAGCCAUUCAUUACAAUGUCCUGAGGUAAAUCUUUAAUUCCUGUUGACCCCAGGAUUUGCCUGGAGGGGUGACGAGUUGGGCUCAGUGCCUCCCACAGUGUGAAUACUGUACCCACUACAUAGAUGGAAACUUUGGGCACUGUGAGCCUGCUGUGACCUACAAGCUUUGAGGAGCUGAGCCUGCCUUUAAUAUUGAUCAUCUGCACAGAAUCAUGCCCCAUAGACUGAAUCUCCCACUGAUAUUCCGGCUGUGUGCUGCAUGUCUGAAAUAUCUACUCCUACCCCCUGCUUGUGAAUUCCUCUUUCCAUUUCUCAGAUUCCAUAUUGUAACUGGGUUAUGUAUUAAAUGACAGUUAAAUAUU